CAUUUAAAUUAGUCCAUACCUCUGGGUUUUUGAGUGUCCUUUUGUCUCACACUCAUAUCUCUGACACGCAUUGAAGACCCUGUUGGCUGCGCUUGGAAGCUGGACUGUCCUUGCCUCUAUAUUUUUUUUUGAUCACCUAUCACAUUCGUCAUCGCGUCAAUAAUACAUUUUUUGAGCCUUCUCGAGCCUUCUCGAGCCUUUUACUUGCUUCGAAGAAUACAUUACAAUACAAUACUAUAUCUCGAACAUCUUCACAUACGUCCUGGCUCUACUCGACUACGUGCAGCUGCAGAAGAGCUCUUGAUAUCCCACCGCAAAUCCGCAUACACCCAAAACACGGUCCCACAAAAGCUCUUACGUCAAUUCAAUUGAUAUCAGCUCUACAACAUCUCCUCCUCCUCCUCUCCAAUAUCUCGCAAGACCAAAAACACUUGCCCGUGAACAUGUGCGUCGCUCAGCUCAACGUGUGCGUGCAGCCCUGCCAGCACAGAUGGUACUCUCUGCUGCGGCCCUGCCAAUCGUCUCGCAACCUGAGCAAUUGUCCCGAGAAGCUUUCUCUCGAAGGGUGGGAAAACAAAUGCGACACCUGCCCAUGGUGCAGCUCUCCCAACAAUACCACCGAUACCAACAACAUCAACUCCUCCUCUCCCGCCGCCGCCACUGACGACGACAAUCUCAUCCUGCUAAGCAGCAGCGCCGGCAGCGAGCGGCGCGGAUCCGGCGGCUCCCGGUCCCGGUCCCGCCAGAGCUCCUCCUCCUCCACCUCUCUCGCGCGCCGAGCCAGUCUGGCACGCACCAGCAGCACAACAUCGACCACCUCACUCCGGAAUCGCCGGCAGAGCAUGAAGAUUGAAGCCAUCCUCCCUGCAGACCCGAGUCCCGUGCUCCCCGCCUCGUGGGCAACGAAUGCUGCAGGAGCAGGAGCACCAGGAGGCACCUCUCUCUCGUCGUCUGCUUCGUCCUCGUCUCAAACCAUUGCGGAUCAGAAGCCAUAUCACCCUGCUUUGUCUUCCUCGCCGUAUGUGUCCGGUAGUCCGCGAUCGAGUCGCAGUCUGGAACGCCCGUCGUCGCGCAUGUCGAGUCUCUUGGACCGCUCGUGGUCGAAAAGCAAGCGCUGGUCGUGCGGGCUGAUUAAGUGAAGUGUGCAUCUCAAUUCACGGUUUCAAUCCAUGGUUUUCUAUCCAUUGGUUUAUCUAUCCAUUGGUAUUCUAUCCAUUGGUCUUCUAUCCAUUGGUCUUCUAUCCAUUGUUGGUCUUCUAUCCAUUGGUCUUCUAUCCAUUGGUCUUCUAUCCAUUGGUCUUCUAUCCAUUGGUCUUCUAUCCAUUGGUCUUCUAUCCAUUGGUAUUCUAUCCACGGUUCCAAUCCAUUGGUUCUUACGUCUCGGUUCUUUCGUCUCUUACCGGCCUAUCACCAAUCGGAAUU